GGGUGGUGGUUAGUUGGUUUCUGCCGCUGGGAUUUUGCAUGAUUUGUUUUAUGUGUAGAAGGUAGAUCGACUGGAUACUCGUUAUUCACCUAGUCACUAUUUAUUUUCAACUGGAAAUCGCACAUCUUUUUAUAUCAACAUUCAUUUUGAUAACAAUAUAAUUCCAGAAGCCCAAGCCUCACGUUGAGAGGGAACCAGAGUGAAAUUUUGAUCCUCAGCAAAUGUUGAAGGGUAAGGUCUCUGCACGAACUGGUUUCAAGACAGCUGUUUGAGUGCCUGGCGAGCAUGUCGGUUGCGUCACCGAUUCAAGUUUGCCUGUCCAGCUGGGGCAGCGCGCUGGUGUUGUCUCGCUCCCAGAAGUUUGCACUGCUGGCUGGCGGCAGCGGCGCGUUGCUGCUGGCGCUGGCAGGCCGGCUCCUGCGCCGUCGGCGUGUGCCGGCCGGCGGGCUGCCAGGAGGCUCGCUGCGCCUCGUCCGAGCGCCGGCUAAGUCAACGCGGCCCACGGUCGCCGACAGCGACUCGUGCAGCCCGGGCGACUCGCUGCGCCGCCGGCGACGACCGAGUGCGGCCACCAGCGCCGGCUCGCUGCGCGCCGGGCUGGCCGACGGCGGGCCGCUGGCGCCGCAGCAGCUCGGCAUGAUGGGUAUGGAGGCGCUGGAGACGGCCGCCGCCUACUGGGAGGAUGCGCUGGCCGCCUACCGGUCCGACGGCGGCCAGGCCGUGCCCAGUCGCCAGGAGGCCGAGUUCUGCGCCCAGCUGCAGCGGCUGCUCGACUCAGCCGGGCGGCUGCAGGCCGAGUGCGAGCACAUGUUUCUCUUCUACGAGUCGGCGCUGUACCGGUCGUCGUCGGCGACUCCGGUGCCGAACAGCGCAGCCGACCUGGGUGGUGUUGCGCGGCGUGCCCUCAGCGACUGCUCGCUGGACUCGUUCCACUCGGCUGAAGGUGAGCCGGCUGACAUGGAUGAGCUGGCUGGCGCCGCCGGCGAGUGGCCGCUGUACCAGUCGGCGCUGGAGCUGUACGAGACAGACGGCAUUCCUUUCCGGACACUGCGCACGGCACGCGUCGGCUGCAAUUCGGACGUGGAGUUUGUGGCGCGCCUGCACUGCCUGCGGCUCGGCUACCAGCGGCUGCUGCUGCGUCCGGACGCGCGCCACUGGAUGGUCUGUGCCGGCCGGCAGCUUCUCGAGGACCUCAUGCUGCGCGCCGGUCGCCACCCCAAGGACAUCAUCGCCGCCUACGACGCCAUGGUGACGUACUUGGCGCAGCCGAACGUGUGGCCUACCGUCAAACUGGAGCUACAGGCGCGCAACGUCAAGUGUUUUACUUUCUACGACAUUGUGCUCGACUACAUCAUUCUGGACGCUUUCGACGACCUCGAGUCUCCGCCGGCGACCGUACUGGCCGUGAUGCAGAACCGCUGGCUCACCAGCAGCUUCAAGGAGUCGGCGUUGAACACCGCCAUCUGGUCAGUGAUGAAGGCCAAACGGCAGUCGCUCACAUUCGCCAACGGCUUUAAGUCGCACUUUUACACGCUGGCAGAGCACCUGAUCCCCGUACUGGCGUGGGGCCUGCUCGGUCCCGACCAGCGGUUUGGUGCCGUCUGUCAGCGUAUGAAAGAAGAGAUGGAAGCAUACGUACGAGAAAUUUUCGACGCUAGCCGCGUGCGCUACACGACCGUAGACGAGCUGACGGAAGACCUGCUACACGUGACCCGGCAGCGGCUCCAGCGAGUCAACGAACAGCUACGGCCGGAGGGCAGGGCGCAGUCCGUGCCGGCAGCCGGCGGGCAGCGCUAGGCGAGGCCGUGCACGUCGCUGUCUCGGCCAGCCCUUGCUAAUAGUCCUUGCUGACGCUGUUUUGUAUACAUAUAUACAUGUACGCCAUUUACUUUAGGCCAUUUAAUAUAUAUUUAAUCGGACCGCCUCCUCGGUAUACCAGGUAUUAUUCGGUGUGCCUAUCCAAGGGUGUUUUGAAUAAUGCCCGAACGGAGUGAGGGCAUUAUUCUUCCUAAAAUAUUAACCGAACGAAGUGAGGUUAAUAUUUUCAAAAAUAACACGAAUGAAAUGAGUGUUAUGUAUUAAAUAUAAACACCCUUGGCAAGGCACACCGAAUAAUGCCUGGUGUACCGAGGAGGCGGUCCGGUUAUGUUUAUUA